UUAAUUGUGUUUUCGGCACGAAACAACACCUGGCAAUUCACCAAUUGCAGUUUAUACCAGCCCCAGGACAGUUCUUGGACAGUCGAAUAGUACGAUGUCAGGCAAACGAAAAUCCUUGCGUGAUGAGAUAGCAGACUUGCUGGGCCCGGCGCCUGCGCGGGAACAUGACCCCGAUGCGCUUGACAUGGGCGAUGGAGCUCAGCUCGCGGACGACGGCGAUUAUGAAGAGGCGCGGCGGGCGCCGACGCGGAGAGCUCCGGAGAAUUCUAUGCUAAUGCGCGGGGAAAUCGACCUCGAGGACGCAGCGUACCGUGGCCGGAAAUCCUCGCGUGCUGCUGUAUUUGGGGAGGCGGACGAUGAUGACGAGGAGGACGAUGAUGAGGAUGACGUGGAUCUGGAUCUGGGAGGCAGCGACGACGAGGAUGGCGAUGAGGAUGAGGAGGAUGAGGACGAGGGCGGGAGGCGCUCAGCAGCAGCACGUGCGGGGCCCAGCGGGCGCGGGACAGGGCAAGCAGCGGCAGCGACAAAGGGGCGACGGGGCGCGGCCAAUGGCCACGCAGCCAGCGGCUCUGAAGACGGGCUAGGCGAUGCAGACGAGGACGAGGAGGAGGGCGACGAUGAUGAGGACGGCGGGGACGACGAGGGCGCCGCAGGGACGGGGACAGGGACAGAGGACGGCGAUGAGGAUGAGGACGGGGACGGCGCAGCCGCGGCAGUGGCAGCGGCGGCCAAGGCCGCGCGCGCUGCCACGCGGCGGCGCGCCACGGCUGGCGGCGAUGACGACCUAGACGCGUUGGAGGCCGAGUAUGAGGCGCUGCAGGAGGAGGACGAGGCUCAGCUGAUGACGCUGCGGCAGAAGGGCGAGCGGGACCGGGUCAAGGGGCUGGCUGUGCGCAACCAGCAGGCUCUGUACGAGCGGGCAUUGGAGCAGCGCAUCCUGCUGCAGCGCUGCCUGCAGGCCAGCAACGGACUGCCGCGCCCGGACACACACGCGGCGCUGGUGGGCACGCAGCCGGAGGUCCGCGAGGGUUUCGCCGACCUUGCCAGCGCCGCGCGCUCCACCCUGACCCAGCUGAUGGAGUUGCAGCACACGCUCAUGGCCCGCACACCCGGCAUCCAACUGCCAGCAGCCGCCGCGCCGCCGGCGCCCUCCAAACGGGACGCCAAGCGCAAGCGCGACCAGAAUGCCGACGACGAGGAUGAGGACGACGACGAAGAGCAGGAGGAGGAGGAGGAGGAGGAUGGCGGCGCGGCGUUGGAGUCGUUGUGGCUGCGGCUGAGCAGUCAGCACGAGGCGCUGACGCCCUACCGGGACACGGCACUGGACAGCUGGCACCGCCGCACGGUGCUCAGCAGCGGCAGCGGCGCGAUGCGCAACGCCGGGCUGCGUGCGCUCAACCAGUCCAUCAGCAGCCAGGUGGCGGCGCUGAUGCGGGACCCAGCCAAGUUCAUCAAGCGCACGCGCCUCACGCUCAGCGCCUGCCCGCGCGUGCUCUGCGAGCCGCCGCACGAGUCGGCGGCCGCCACCACGGCGGCUGACCCUCACGCCGCCGCGGACGUUGAGGCGGAGACGGCGGCGCUGGACGGCAGCAGCCGCCGCGGCGGUGCCGCUGCCGGGGCUUCGGCGAGCGAGGCGCGCGAUGUGCUUGAGGAGGAGCGCGACGGGGAGACGUACGAUGACGCGGAGUUCUAUCAGCAGCUGCUGAAAGAGUUCCUUGACAAAGGAAUGGAGGGCGCGGCGGCCGGCGCACCCAAGGCGGCAAAGAAGCGAAAGCUGGUGGACCGGAGAGCCAGCAAGGGACGCAAGCUGCGAUACCAUGUGCAGGAGAAGCUGGUUGCGUUCAUGGCACCAGUGGACUUCGAGCCGCCGACCUUCGCGGCGCAACUGUUCGCGAACCUUUUCGGGCACGCGGGGCACUGAGCUGGCGCCUUGUGUAGGCAUAUCACGAUGGCGCCAGCCGGACAGGAUGGGCCCGGUGCAGGAAGAACAUGCAGCCUGUGACGCUGCAAAUGGCGAUGGAAAGGAGGCUGGGAAUGUCGCGCGGGAGUGCGGAGAGAGGAUGUGGGGGCCGGACCGCGGUUGAAGGCAUGGGUUUGGGCAUUGCAGAGCACGAGUCUUGCUUGCCAGACCCUGGCGCACUGUGUAAAUGAUGAACACACAUUGUACUGUUGCUGAGUGCCGGACAGUGACACCUUGGGAAGGUGGAUGGGUCCAGCGGGAAACCCGGUAAUUCACGAAACAAUGUCCAUUGAAAUGGCUCACUCGGGGUCGCCGAUACCCUGAGUCUUGUAACCUGCAAUGCAU